CUUGCACCCACCACCAUAACCACAUGACCAAUGACCUAUGACCAUAACAUAAUUUUUUUUUUCCGUUGUUUUUGGGUUUUGGUAUCCAUGGACACCACCUAUUCGAUUGCCCCAUCUCUCUUUUUCCCUAAAAGCACAACCCGCUUCCUACAUAAAGCUGCUUCCUUUCCUCAUUCUCCCAUUCCACUCUUCACUCUAUGCUCAACACUGUCACAUGGGUUUUCCAUCUCAUUUCAAAAUGCCCCACAGAGUUAUUUUGUCCCCUUAGCCCCACCUACCCCUUUUGAUGACGCUGCUUCUGUUCUAGCACAGCCGUUUUUGCAUCAAUGGCUCAUAACUCAGAGAACAGUAGCACCUUCUUUGAUCAUGAUUUUCAAUGUGAUGGAGCAGAUGAUUUUAGAAUCUUGCAUUCCUGGAACCACCGGAACCUUGACUCUGGAUAUGAAGAUGGUGGUGGAUCGGAGGAAUUAGCAUGUACUCUGCCCCAGAGUGAGGAAACUGUAAGGGCUAUGGUGGCGAGAGAGAGGGAGCAUUUUCCGAGGGUCGAUUACUUGCAGAGGCUGAGGACUGGGAAGUUGGAAUUGGGUGUUAGGAGGGAUGCACUUGAUUGGAUUUGGAAGGCUCAUGCUUAUUUUGGCCUUGGACCCUUGAGUUUUUGUUUGGCUGUGAACUACUUGGAUCGCUUCCUAUCGGUUUUUGACUUACCGAAAGGUGUAAGUUGGACUGUGCAAUUGUUAGCUGUAGCGUGCUUGUCAAUUGCAGCUAAAAUGGACGAGAUCCGAGUGCCUCAAUCUGUAGAUUUACAGGUUGGGGAACCAAAGUUUGUGUUUGAAGCUAAAACCAUUCAAAAAAUGGAACUACUGGUAUUAAGCAAGUUGAGAUGGAAAAUGUGUGCAUUAACUCCUUAUUCCUUCAUAGAAUACUUCCUUAGCAAGCUCACUUGUGAGAAGCACCCAACAAAAUCAUCCAUUGCAAUAUCAGUGCAGCUCAUCCUCCGUAUAAUCAGUGGUAUCGACUUCUUGGAAUUCCGGCCUUCUGAAAUUGCUGCUGCGGUGGCAAUUUCUGUUUUAGGAGAAUCACAGGCGAAAGAUAUCGAUAAGUCCAUUGCCGAGCUCUUUAUAGUAGAGAAGGAUAGAGUUCUAAAGUGUGUUGAAUUGAUAAGAGAUUUGUCCUUGAACAGUGUUGCUGGCAGUGUAGGAACCAAGGUGCCACAAAGUCCUAUGGGGGUGAUGGAUGCUGCUGGAUGCUUAAGUUACAAGAGUGAUGAAUUAACAGUUGGAUCAUGUUUAAAUUCUUCAGAAGAUAGCCCAAGUCCAAACACUAAGAGUAGUAAAGCAGAAGGACCUUGUAAUGAACCUCCGAGUGAUGAAAUGUGAAUUUUGUUCCUUCACCAAAGUUCAUUUUGUUUGGUUUGUCUUGGGAUUCCUUGGAAACAUUCUCAACGAGAGUGUGCUUUGGAUUAAUAAGAUGUGAAUUUAAGUGGUUCCGUGGGUA